AUGGGUAGGAAGAGAAAGGUUGUGGAAGUUGUGGAAGGAGAAGGUAGCCAGGAACAACAACCCAAGGGACCCUAUUUCUCAUGGACAGAACAAUUGGAUGCUCUCCUUAUACAAUGUAUGCAAGAGCUGGUACAGAAGCACCAAGUGGAGAAUGGCAAUUUCAAAAAUGGAUCUUUUACUGAGCUUGAGAACUUGGUGCAUCAGAAGGCACCUGCCUGCGGAGUAAAGGUGGAACCAAAUAUAAGAUCCAGGCACAAGAAGCUGAAAAGGGAUUUCAUGGCGGUACACUUGCUUUGUUCGAAGAGUGGACAAGGCUGGGAUGAAAGCACAUGCACACCAUAUCUUGAUGAUGAUGUGUUUGAAGACCUGCUCAAGGUGCAUCCAAACAUAAAAAACUUGAACAAGAAGCCUUUCCCCUUCUACAACGAGCUAGCUGAGGUAUUUGGGAAAGGUGGGACAGCUGUUGGUCGAUGUACAGGUGGCAUAUCUGAUGGUCCACCAUCACCUGAAUCUGUCAUGGAUUUGGAAGGAUUUGACUCACCAAUUGACCUGGAUUCUCAAAGGACCACAGAGAUUAUGGAUGACUUAAUCAACGAAGCUGCCAGCAACAAAUGUGCUAAGAAGAAGGCAAAAAAAUUUGAAAUUAACACUGAUGAAGCUAUAGUUAAUGUCUCAUCCCAACUUGGUGAGCUGAAGCCAAUAAUCUUCAAGGCUGUGGAAGCUCUUGGCUCCAUAAUAGGUGAUCGUGAUGGUGAGAACAGUAAGCAAGCUGCUUUGAUCAAGGAGAUAGGGAAAAUUGGAGGACUCACUCGUGACCAAGUCAUUGAUGCUGCUAUGGCUUUAGUGGACAACGAGCCAAAGACUCGACUUUUCUAUGCACUAGAGAGCGAGGAAGACCGGUGCUACUUCAUCAGGAGCUUGCUACGUUGA